AUCAUUUUGAAAUUUUUAUCAUUUACUUAUUAUGCUCCAUUAAGUACUUAUACAAAAUUUUAUUAAAAUAAAACCAUUUAAACUGGGUGUUCGGAUUUAUAUGUCACUUAGUAUAUUUGCAGGGACUAAAUAGUAACGAAAACAAAAAUUUAAUAAGUACCAGAUGAAAAGCAGAAUUUGACCUUUGGAAGUCACGUACACAGGAUAUUAUAGGGGAAAGUCGCCUAUAUCGUACUGGCUCCUUAAUCGUACCUUGUCGAUAUUUCAGAUAUUACGCUUAUGUGUAAAACAUCUUUCACCACAAUUAGAAACCCUACAGUUGGCAACCAGUAAUACCAGCAAAAGUUUGACAGUAGCGCGUAUCGCUCCCGAUAUAUUUAACGUUUUAUUUUGCGCGGCAAAACAAUGAAAGCAGCCUUAAAUGUUUUUCGUGAGGGAAACAUAGGUUUUAAUGAGGUUUGUCGCCAAUACAAUAUCCCAAAGCCAUCAUUUAGGAGUCAAUUUUUUUUGGAGUGACUAUUCAAGAAAUAAGUAAGGCUGCCUUUGAAUUCGCUGAACGCAAUGGUCUUAAACAUAAUUUUAAUAAAAUCACAAGGAUGGCUGGAAAAAAAUGGUUUUAUAGCUUUAUGAGUCGCCAUCCACAACUUUCCUUGAGACAACCAGAAUCAACUUCGAUCGCACGGUGUAAAGGGUUCAACAGAAGCAAUUUUCAGGAGUUUUUCAAUAUCUUAGAAAAACUUGUUGUCGAUCAUGCUUUGACUGCUCCGAAAAUAUACAAUGUCGACGAACCGUACAAAAAAGAUGUCAGAAAGUGCUGGCUAAAAAAGGAAAAUCGCAGGUUAAUGUCAUAGCUAGCGGCGAAAGGGGUGUGAAUACUACAUUCGUAUGCUGCGCAAGUGCUGCAGGUCAAUACGUGGCACCGAUGGUAAUUUUCAAGAGGAAAAGGAUGGUGCCAGAGCUGGCAGAUGGAGCUCCCCCAGGAUCACUGGUCGAAAUAUCGGAUACUGGUUACACUAACGCCGAUUUGUUUGUUACUUGGUUACAACAUUUCAUUGCUGCAGUUACACCUUCAAAAGAGGAUAGAGUGCUUUUGGUUUUAGAUGGACACACCACACAUUCGAGAGAUUUAGCAGCCAUUGAGAUGGCCCGCGAGAAUGGGGUUAUUAUUUUACAGCUGCCAGGUCAUACCACCCACCGUUUACAACCACUUGAUGUGGCAGUAUUUAAGCCAUUCCAGGUCCAUUAUGACCAAUCGGUUGAAAAAUGGUUGAGAGAACAUCCCGGGAGGACAAUCGGUCAAUUUCAGGUGGCCCGAUUAACCGGAGAAGGAUAUGGAAAAGCAGCAUGUGUCGCAAAUGCCAUAAGUGGAUUUAAAAAAUGUGGUAUAUGGCCUGUGGAUAGAAACGUUUUCACAAUGUUGAUUUUGAAGGCGGAGAAAACAAAAAGCACUAGCGGAAAGCAAGGACGCUGACGAUACACCUUCGAGUGAUGAUGAUGAUGUGCCCUUGGCGCUUUUAGUUGAAAAACCGAAAUCGUGCGCCACCUCUGAAACUCAACCACCCGAUGUUUCUUUCGAAGACAUUCUACCAAUUCCAAAUAGUCCUGGCAAUCAGAAAAAUGCAAGUAAACGUGCACAAGCAGCAAAAGUUUUAACUUCAACCCCACAUAAGGACGAAUUAAAAGCAAAGCAAUCUACUAUCGAAGAAAAGAAAAAUAGGAAUAGCCAAUGGCCAACCGGAAAAAAAGUAAAAAGGAAAAAUGCUUCGUAUGGUUCAAAUGACGUAGUGGUAGAAAUAGUAGAGGAUUAGUGGCUUUGUGUUAUAUGUAAUGAGUGUCGAGUAUAAAAUAUGAUACAGUGUUCCUUAUGCAAGCUUUGGGUCCAUGAACUUUGUGCGAGUUAUAAAGGAAGUUCUUCGUACUUUUGUGACAGUUUUUCCUAAAUAACACAUCUUGUUAUUAUUGUUUGUCCUGUUUCGUUUUUGUUUUAUAAUACCCAUCUACACACGAGCAUAUUAAAAUUUGUAUUCUUGUUUAAAUACUGCUGUUAUGCUACCAUACUUAAGUGGUACGAUAUAUCAGAUCAGUACGAUUUAGGAAACCUAGUGGUACGAUUUUGGCAUCUGGUUUCCCAAGUCGUACCAUUUGCAAUGUUUAUAAAAAAUGUAUUUUUCUCUUAAAUUAGAUAAGUAGCCAUAACAAAAGAAAGUAGAAAUAUGUAAAAAUCAUUUAGUUAAAUAUUUAAAAUAAAAGGUGCCCC